AUGAUAAAAGCUGCCGGUCCACUCUCUCCCAAACAACCAAGAGCUUAUCGUCACGUUGAUGAUUAUAACAACUCCAGUAGAAAGAACGUGUUCCAACCGUAUAUCAGCCCAGAAGCUGCACAGCAAGGAAUUCGAGAAGGAUCACUUUAUCAAGGAAUUAUACGGUUAACAAAAAAUCGUAAUGAUGCUUAUGUCAUACCCGAUGACUUGGAUGCAGAUGUAUAUAUCAGUGGGCUAACCGGUCGGAACAGAUCACUCCAUGGCGAUAAUGUAGUUGUACGAUUGCUGGAUGUGGAAACAGUAUGGAAUGAACGACAGGAACGUGAAGCUCAAAGAAGAAAAGAACGGGCUCAAAAGAAACAUAAUGAAAAAGUCGAGGCUGCUGCCGAAUUGGACGACAAUAUAGACUCAACUAUCGAAAGUCUUGUCGAAGAAGAAGUUGAUGUGGAACAGCUUGAGGAGGGACAUAAACCAACUUACUGUGGUGAGGUUGUGUCUAUUUUAGAAAGAUCACCGAAUUUCACUUUUGCUGGUACCAUUACAGCAACACGAUUUGCCAAUACUGCUCUUUUAGAUAACAAUCGUCCUCUACGAGUUGCUUGGUUUAAACCAAACGACUUACGCGUCCCAUUUUUAGUGCUUCGUAAUAAGGAUAUUCCUGACGAUUUGCUACAAAAUCCAGAUAUAUACCGCAAUACAUUAUUUUCCGCAACGAUCUCACAUUGGCCAAUCAACGACCCUUUCCCCACUGGAACAAUCAUUAGGGAAAUUGGUCCAUUAGGCGAUUUGUUGACUGAGAAGGAAGCAAUUCUAGCCGACAACAGUAUUAUUCGCACCGAAUUCAGCAGUGUCGCCCUACGUGGCCUUCCUGAUUUACCUUGGUGUAUUCCUGAAAGCGAGAUUGAGAAAAGAAGAGAUCUCCGUAACGAACGCAUCUUUUCAAUUGACCCAAGCACUGCCAAGGACCUUGAUGAUGCUCUGCAUAUCAAGGAAUUGGCCGAUGGGUUUUACGAAGUGGGUGUCCACAUUGCUGACGUAGGAUAUUUCUUGAAGCGAGGUUCUCCUUUGGAUACCGAAGCUUACGAACGUGGUACUAGCACUUACCUUGUGGAUAGUGUGAUCCCAAUGCUUCCUUCGAUUCUUUGCGAAGAAUUGUGUAGUUUGAAUCCAGGUGUUGAUAGGCUGGCCUUUUCCGUUAUUUGGAAAAUGGAUUUUGAAGGAAAGAUUGUUGAUACGUGGUUCGGAAAGACUGUCAUCAGAUCUUGCGCCAAAUUAGCCUACGAGGACGCACAAUGUGUAAUUGACGGUCAGGAAAUGUCUGGAGACAUAGUGAUGCACGACUCUCACCUUCUUCGACUUGUCUCUGGUGAUAUAUUUAUGCUCAAUAGCCUUGCCACGGGAAUGCGCCGUCGAAGAUUCCAAAGUGGUUCUCUUACUUUAAACUCGGUCAAGUUAAUGUUUGAAUUAGACUUGCAGGGUCGACCUACAUCUGUCAAGAAAUUUGAAUCAAAGGAUGCUAAUCAUUUGGUAGAGGAAUUCAUGCUUUGUGCCAAUAUCAGUGUCGCAAAAAAAAUUGCAUCUGUGUACCCACAAGCAUCUUUGCUGCGUAAGCAUGAACCGCCAUUGGAAAGACGCUUGAACAAGUUUUUAGAUUUGACAGAAGAGCUCGGUCUUGAUUUUGCUGGUAACACCGCUGGUGAACUACAACGAUCUUUUGACAAGAUAAAGAAUAAGGAUGUAAAGGAUGUUCUCUUAGUUUUGGCUAUUCGUUGUAUGCAAAGAGCGAAGUACUUCAGCAGUGGAAGUGCCGACUCUUCAAAGUAUCUUCAUUAUGCCUUGAACGAAAAAAUGUAUACGCACUUUACCUCGCCCAUACGUCGUUAUGCAGAUGUCAUUGUUCAUAGAAUUUUGGAAGCAGCCUUAGAAAACAAUAGUAAGUUUCUUGCUCGCAGGAUUGUGCAGAAGAUGACAUUCAAAUGUAAUUCCAAGAAAGAUGCUGCAAAGAACGCUCAAGAUACGAAUAUCGGCCUUUACCUUGCCAAAUAUCUAUCAAACUAUCAAGAAACAAAAGGACCUGUAUAUACAAAGGCAGAUGUCAUUUAUGUCGGUAAAGAGACAUACGAAGUCUAUGUUCCGUUGUACGGACUUGAAAAAAAAUUUCACGUGGAAGAUCUUCCAACUGAACAACAUUACUAUGAUAAAGAAACCCAUAAGCUGGACAUUUUCUGGAAAGCUGGUGUGCCUGUCACAAUGCACAAUGAAGAGAAAAUGUACGCUCAAAGACGAAUCCUCAAAGAUGAUUAUAGUGAUGACGAUUUGGAUGUCGAUAUUCCUAUCGAAUCUUUAACACUUAAGGAUGUCGAUGAUAUGGUAGAAAAUGAUGAUUUGCUUGUUCCGCCUGUAGUACUUGAAGAAAAUACAUGCUUACAACGAUUAGGCAUGUUCUCCAGGAUCACUGUUCGUAUCCAAGUAAAUGACGAGAGAUCACCACCGAUAAUUAAUGUUUAUCCAGUGAACCCUUUUUCUGGGGAAAGUGUGGUAGAAAUAAAUUAA